AUGGCCGCGACCACCAGCACGGGCCCGCUCAGCGAUGAGCCGGCCAAUCCGGAGGUGCGCGAGGAGCUUAGUCUGCCCCCAAAAUCCUACGCAGAUGCGGCCCACGCGGGGCUGGACGAUGACAAACACGAAGCUCGUCGACUGGAAACAGUCCUGACCGCCGUAACAACAGAAAUAGUCGAAACGACAGUGGCUACCACUCUCCACAAGACCACUCUCCUCUCGACUGAAGAGUAUGCCAGUGCUAAAGACGGGUGGGAAGACCAUGCCUCAUCUAAUGGAUCGACAUUGGUCACUGUGGACACAGACAAUAAGGAGGAGAAAGAACAGAAGAGCCAGUCUAACGCUCCGCUCGAAAGCGGUCGACAGGCAGGUGCUGGAUGGGGUCGUUCAGCAAUCCGGUGGGCUCCUCUCAAUGUACCUCUCCAACGUCGAUUGCAGACCAUGGCAGUGCUCUGGCACUCUUUGUCCAUUGUGACCAUGGUUGGCAUCUUCUUCCUGUGUCUUGCAUUUCCACCGAACUGGAUUUGGCUGGUCCCGUACCUCCUCUAUAUCGUUUUCAGCGAUGCUCACAUGUCUGGAACCUUAAGAAGACGCUCAAAUUGGCUGCGGCGACAGAAGGUCUGGUCUCUGUUCGCCAGCUACUUUCCCGCUCGGCUCCACCGUACAGUCCAGCUAGAACGACACAGAAAGUACAUCUUCGGCUACCAUCCUCACGGUAUCAUAUCUCAUGGAGCGUUCGCUGCAUUCGCUACGGAAGCAAUGGGUUUCGCGGAACUUUUCCCCGGCAUCACCAACACGCUCCUUACUCUGGACGCCAACUUUCGACUUCCAUUCUAUCGCGAAUAUGCACUUGCCAUGGGUCUCGCCUCGGUGUCAAAGGAGUCGAUCGAAAACUUGCUCUCCAAGGGUGGUCCCAAUGGCAGCGGCAUGGGACGUGCGGUCACGAUCGUUGUUGGAGGAGCCAAAGAGAGUCUGAUGGCCAAGCCAUAUCAUCUGCGACUGAUAUUGAAUAUCCGAAAGGGCUUCGUCAAGAUUGCCAUCCGUCAGGGAGCCGAUCUCGUCCCCGUGCUGGCCUUUGGCGAGAACGAUAUCUAUGAACAGGUCGACAGUAAUACGCACCCGUGGCUGUACAAGUUCCAGAUCUGGGUCAAAUGGGUGGCAGGAUUCACUAUCCCACUAUUCCAUGCCAGGGGCAUCUUCAACUACGACGUUGGUCUGAUGCCGUACCGUCGGCCGAUCAACUUGGUUGUAGGCAGACCGAUCGAGGUACACCAGCCCCAGGAUGGCAUUGUCACAGAUGCAUACUUGGAUGAGAUACACGGGAAGUAUGUCAAAGAGCUGCAAAGGAUUUGGGAUGAUCACAAGGAACAAUUCUCGCCGCAGCGCGAGGAGGAGUUGACCAUUCAGGAGUGA